GUCACUGUUGUACGAACUGGAAGCUGUCGGCUGUAGGAAGCAGGGAGGAGGCAGCGCUGAGCUGUCUGAAUGGCGCAGGGAGCGCAGCGUCCGGGGUCUGUGUGUAGCAGCCUUCCCGGAGGCUACGAAAUGAGCAGGCGGCCCGCUGCCUGGAUUUACAACGUGGUGGGCGUUUAAUCCGCUGAGCACCCGCACCGCCCGCUGCUUUUAAGGGAUCGGGGAGAGCCAGCAAGACCUUGGUGGAGAGGAUGCACACAAGGUACCCGCAUUGACCCGAGCUAUGGAAGGGGUGCUGUACAAAUGGACCAAUUACAUAGCAGGUUGGCAACCUCGCUGGUUUGUUUUAGACAACGGUAUUCUAUCUUAUUACGAUUCUCAAGAUGAUGUUUGCAAAGGCAGCAAAGGAAGCAUUAAAAUGUCAGUAUGUGAGAUUAAAGUCCAUUCAACAGACAACACAAGAAUGGAGCUGAUCAUUCCCGGAGAGCAGCAUUUCUAUGUGAAAGCGGUAAAUGCUGCUGAGCGACAAAGAUGGCUAGUAGCAUUAGGAAGUUCUAAAGCCUGUCUGUCUGAUAACCGGACGAGGAAAGAGAAAGAAAUCAGUGAAACCAAUGAAUCGUUAAAAACCAAAAUGUCUGAACUCCGUCUAUAUUGUGACUUGCUAAUGCAGCAGGUUCAUACUAUCCAGGAAUUUGCUAGUCAAGAUGAGAAUCAUUCAUCACCAAGUGCUGAGAACAUGAAUGAAGCCUCUUCUCUGCUCAGCGCAACCUGCAACACAUUUAUCACUACACUUGAGGAAUGUGUCAAGAUAGCAAAUGCCAAAUUCAAGCCAGAAAUGUAUCAGUUGCAACCUCAUGAUUCUCUGGUGUCUGCUGUGUCCCCUUCUCCCAUUCAAAUGGACCACCAUACACUCCAAAAAUUGGAAUUAAUGGGGACUCUGUACCUUCAAGCAUACAUGAUGAAAACCGAAAAAAGACGAAGAAGACAUCUGAAACAGAUGACUCUCUCAAAACUCUUUCUUUAUGAUGACACAGAAGGAAAUGUCUGUAUUGAACUUUAUAAAAGUACUGCUAUGCAAAGGCUACUUUUAUUGGACUCUCAUGGAAUGGAAACCCGAGGAUGGAUUUCUCUGCACUUUAUGUAUAACAAUUUAAUAGCAAACUUUGAAGUGAAUUUUAUCUUUGUACAGUUUAUUUGCAAGAGUAUUUUCCUAAUAACCUUCACAGUUUAAAUGUGCAUUAUGGAACAGACAUCUGUAAACACAUUAGAAUAUGCAAUUGUUAGAAAUGGUCUUUUUUCUAUUAGACCUUUCAAAAGGCUGGCCUCUUGGAAUAUGUUUAUUGUUGCAUAGGACUGUGUAAGAUUGUGGUGGUCAAAUAAGUACAAAAGGGUCAUUCUGAAGACUUCAGCUAUUACUGCCAAGCACUGAUUUUCUCAUGCAGAUCGAUGUGCCAGAAUAUUAUUGGUGGGCAGCAUCAGGCUUCAUGUGCCAUAAAGGCCUAUAUUUAAGGAUAUACUUGGUGAAUUAGUUUCUCAGCCAUUUUAAUUGAGCCACCUACUAUUAGACGACAAUAUUUUGAAAUCCUGACAUUUUAAUGGUAUUGAAGGAUGGUAGUACCAUAUUCUUGAUCACCUUUAUAUGUUUUUGAAGGCUUUUUUUUUUAUUUUUUUAAAACAUACACUUGCACUGAAUGGCACAUUUGUACCAAAUAAUGGUAAUAAACCUUUUAUGACUAUUUUGUUUUCAUACAGGCUUGCAAACCUUUAUUGCAAAUUUUAGUAGAUUUAUCAUGCUUAUAAAUGAUUAAUAGUACACGUGUCUCAAAUCAUGCUGUAGAACCUAGCAUAGACUCUGUAAAAUAUGAUAUACAUAUUAAUGUGAGGUCUGUAUUCUAGGACAAACUUAUUUCUACUUUUCUUUGCAUCUAGCAGCAGACAUAUUAUGGAAGCUUGCGUUUGUGAACUAUAAUGUUCACCUUACUCGGUCAAUGUCAGAAAUUGUACCAGACAGUUUCAGUGUGUGAAUUUGAAUCAAAACCUGCCCUAAGGUUUGUAAAGUUUCUUGGUUUGAAAUAAUACACAUUUGUCUUCAAAAUGAGGCAAAGUUAAAAUAUAUUUUACUUUUAUGAAUGAAUGUAUGCUAGAGCUUUACUUUUACAGCAUGAGCUGCAGACAUGUCAGUGUAUUUUUUUGUUUGGUGUUGCUAAUCUCACCCAAAGAGCAAACCAGGGUGUUGCAACUCUGAUUUCUGUAUUAUUUAUUUUGCCUCCAAAAGAGUUUUGUUUAGUUUUUUUUGUCCCCACUGAUGUAACCACAUAAUAUAUAAGCAAAAAGUAUUUAAAAGGAAUGUUGUUUUAAUAUACAGUAUGUGUGUCUGGCUGGAGCAUAUUGUCCAUUGAUACAAUAAUGUUAUAACACUUUCAGUUACACAAAACACAUUUUGUAAGCAAUCAUAUGUUUAAAAUACAUGUACAUACCUUGACAUAUUUGUACAAACACAAUUAUUUUUGCUUGUAAUGUGACUGCCAUAAAGAACUGUGGACAAAUUUCUUUAUUAGAGCAGAGGUGCUGAAAUAAACUUACUUGCAGUUGACAACAUUUAUUUUGAAGUGUUUAAAUGUAACUGUACUUUAUAAGCCCUCCAAAUUAAAGGGCCAUAAUAUCCAAAUGUUUAAACACUUGAAAGUGAUGCAGCAUAGCUGUAAAAAGCUGACUAGAAAAUAUCUCCUGAACAUCUCUAUGUGAAAAAGAAAGAUAUUUUACCUCAAAAGUUCCUCAGUAGCCACAUCCCAUUGUAAAGGAUUUCUAAGCAGCAUUUUAGUGUGUCUGUCCUAGGACAGCUGAAGGGAUGAGCCUCGUGCACUCUCAUAUUAUUUCACCAAUCAGGUAAAGGAAGUUUACAAUGAAAUCUCAUGAGUCAAGUCAAAUCUCAUGAGAUCACAGUAAAAGUUCAUGACCUCAGCACUGCUGAUGCUGAUUGGCUGCUGUUCAUUUCUUCUUCUUCUUCUUUUUUUUUUUACCUGCAGUUCGGAGCAGGUGAAGUAUAACUUUUUACACAGAACUUACUCUGCUGAGCUGAGGAGAUUGUGAGGUAAAAUAUCUUCAUAGAGAUGCUCAGGUGAUAUUUUCCUGUCAGUUUUUUACAGUUAUACUGCAUCAGUUUCAAAUGAUUUAGCAUAUGAGUAUUAUGUCCCUUUAAGUAAAUAAUAUAGAAAAAAGGCAUUGCAGACAUCAUAGCUGUAUUUUGGAUUAUGUAAAUGUAAUUAAUGCUCACAUUAUGUGGAUAUUAAAGGGACAGUAAAGUCAAAAUUAAACUUAAAUAAUUCAGAUAGAACAAGACAUUUUUAACAACUUUCCAGUGCAUUUCUGUUGUCCAAUUUGUUUCAUUCUCUUGGUAUCUUUUGGUGUAAAGCAUACUUGCGUAGGCUCAGGAGCAACAAUGCACUACUGGAGUAUGAUUCUGAUUGGUAGCUGCACAUAUAUGCUUCCUGUCAUUGGCUUCAUCAACAUAGGAUACCAAGAGAAUAAAGCAAAUUAGAUAAUAGAAGAAAGUUGUUUAGUCGUAUGCUCUGUCUGAAUCCUGAAAAAAAGUGUUUUGUGUCCCUUCAAUUAGGUUAUGCGGUGUAAAGUCAAAGCUAGAUUUCAUUCACUGUCUUGUAAGGGACUGUUAUUUGUGGGUUUUAAACAAUGCAAUGUUUUAGUGUAUUUUUGGCACUCCGCUUCUAUAAUCCAGAACUACUUUUCUCUAAACGGCAGAGGGCAGCGUUAAAUAUUCAGCUAAAUUAAUAUUGUGCUCAUUAUUUUGAUCCAACCAACAUGUUUUGGGGUUUUAUGUGUAAAUGUAGUUUUGUGGCUGUUAAAGGGAUAUUCUAAUGGAAAGAUUAAAUACUGUAAUUUGUUA